AUGUUGCAGCUUCUCGAUUUUCAGAAACAGAAAUUUCGAGAAGCAUUCACUGGACGGGUAGCGAUGAUCACUGUUGGUGUGAGCGUUAUCCUUGUUAUUGCUCUGUCUGGCUUCCGAGAAAAGUUCUGUUUCGAGGGCUGGUUUUUACAGAAAAUGAGACAGCUGGAAAGUGAAAGGAAGCAGACAAUUGGCAAAGCUCGAAUUGGUGGUCCAUGGGAAUUGCUUGACACUGAUGGUAAUUUGGGAGGAUCUGAACAGCUCAAAGGCAACUGGCUGCUGCUGUAUUUCGGUUUCACACAUUGUCCCGAUGUUUGCCCGGAUUCGAUUGAAAAAAUGGUCGAAGUUGUAAAUAUACUAGAAGCCAGCGAAGAAAAGAUCAAAGUUAUUCCGAUUUUUAUAUCAGUCGAUCCAGAACGCGACACCACGCAGCGAGUCAAAGAAUAUUGUUUGGAGUUUUCGCCAAAAAUAAAGGGCUAUACCGGCUCACCGGAGCAGGCAUGUGUUUGUAUUUUUCAAGGAAAUUUUUCUGGUCCUUGGUUUUUAUAA